AUGCCCGAACCUUCAGACAAGCGUGGACGCGGCCGAGGCCAAGGUCGCGAUGUUCAAAUCUCCAAAGCACUCAGCUUGCUUUUGCGACAUGCUGCCGAAAAAGAAGGGCUGAAGAUGAACGCGCAAGGCUACGCGAGCGUGACCGACGUGCUACAAUGGAGGAAACUCAAAUCUCUCAAAGUUACCUUCCCCGAGAUCCUCCACGCAGUCGAAUCCUCAGACAAAAAGCGCUUCGCCCUUCUCUACAUUCCAUCCGCACAGCCCACUUCAUCCACGACCCAAGCGACCACGAUCCCAUCAACAACACCCGAUGCAGAGCACGAAGCUGGUAAGAUCGUGGGUGAAACCCAGCCUGCCACAUCGGUUCUCGAGUCUGCGCCUGUUACGAGCGAAGACCAGCAAUCCGCAACGGAUCAUGCACUUUCUGUCAAAGAUAAAGACCCCGCGAACUUCUUGAUUCGCGCGACGCAGGGACACAGCAUCAAGACUGUGGAAGCGGCAUCUUUCCUCGAACCGCUUUCCUUAUCCGACGAGUCGAAAUUACCAGAUACUGUGGUCCACGGCACCUUCCAUCCGACUUGGCCGGCGAUUCUACAAUCUGGGGGACUACGCUGCAUGGGUCGCAAUCACAUUCAUUUUGCGACUGGUCCGCCACUUGAAUCUGUGCUUGCCGCUCACAGCGGUGAUAGCGCGCAGGGAAAACCCAAGCCGGAUGAUUCCCGUGUCAUUUCGGGUAUGCGCCGCGAUGCACAGGUUCUCAUCUACAUUGAUGUUCGCAAAGCACUGGCUGCCGGUGUUCCGUUCUGGCGCAGUGAGAAUGGGGUUAUCCUAAGCGAGGGUGUUCCUGUUUCCCAGGGCGCGAAUGAUGAUAAGAAGGGUGAGGAGCACAAGUUCGUCUCACUGGAGUUCUUCGACGUGGUAGCAGAGCGCAAAGUCGGGCUCGGUAAGCUCUGGGAGCGCGGUGAGGUCCUCCAGGAGCUUCCAGCGAAUCUCACGAGCAAAGGCAACCCCAAGGGACGGCGGUGA